CUCUCUCUCUCUCUCUCUCUCUCUGUUUCUCGCCCUUUCUCUCCCAGAGCAAAGCCAGAAGUUGAGUCCACUGACCGGAGAAGCACGCAGCAGACACAGCAGAGAUGAUGCCGCCCUCGCACGCGCUCGCCGCCGCUCUCACCGUUCUGCUCGCGCUUCAGCAGUCGGCAGGAUUCUGGCUUUUUAACGUCAUCUUUCCGCCGAACGCCGGACCGCGCGAGGGGAGCAACAGCACGCCGCCUCUGAUCAUCGUUCCAGGGAAUAUAGGCAACCGCCUCGAAGCCAAAAUAGACAAACCCACGCUGGUCCACUGGCUCUGCUACAAGAAGACCGAGGACUGGUUUCCGCUGUGGAUUGACCUCAACAUGUUCAUGCCCAUCGGAAUUGACUGCUGGAUUGACAACAUGAGGAUCGUGUACAACCGAACGACUCGCAGGACGUCCAACUCUCCUGGUGUGGAAGUGCGUGUCCCUGGAUUCGGCCAGACGUAUACUAUAGAGUUCCUGGAUAACAACAAUCUGGCAGGUUAUUUUCACACCAUGGUUGAACAUUUGGUCAACAUUGGAUAUGUGCGCAACAAGACGGUUCGAGCAGCACCGUAUGACUGGAGGAUUGCCCCAAAUGAGCAGGCUGAGUAUUUCGCACGCCUGAAGGGCCUUGUGGAGGAGAUGCAUGAUGAGUUCAAGCAGCCUGUCCACCUGCUGGGACACAGCAUGGGCAGCCUUUACAUCCUCUACUUCCUCACCCAGCAAAGCCAGGCCUGGAAAGAUCGCUACAUCAAGAGCUUCAUCUCACUGGGAGCGCCGUGGGGUGGAGCUGUGAAGCCCCUCAGAGUUUUAGCAUCAGGUGACAACGAUGGCAUACCGCUGGUGUCCUCCAUCAAGAUCCGCGAGGAGCAGCGCAUGACCACUACGAACCCCUGGAUGAUCCCAUCCGAGGACGCGUGGCCUGAGGAUCAUGUCUUUAUCUCCACGCCAUCCUUCAACUACACCCUCCAGGACUACCGCCGCUUCUUCAGCGACAUCAACUUUGAAGACGGUUGGUACAUGUGGGAGGACACGAGGAACCUCACAGCAGGCCUCCCCACCCCCGGAGUCGAGGUCCACUGUUUCUAUGGUGUAGGUCGACCCACACCCGUCACCUACAUCUAUGACGAGCAGUUCCCAAACAGCGAUCCCGUGGACUUUCUGUAUGAGGAUGGGGAUGACACGGUGGACAGCCGCAGCAUGAGCUUGUGCAAGCGCUGGAUAGGCGAACAGGAGCAACCGGUGUAUGUGACCGAAUUCAGUGGCAUGGCACACCUCGACAUUGUCUUCAACCACAACGUCCUCAAUGCCAUCCAGGAGAUCCUAGAGGGAAUGGUUCCAAAGGAUGAGACUGUCCGUACUGUUUUUGUCAAGCAAUCUCAGCCGCGCAAACUUAUCGACCAGAGCCCUUAAAUAAAGCUCAAUUUGCAGCUUGAUUUCAUAAAUGCAUAGUGUUUAACUUUAAAGCUGCCUAAGAGAGUUGAUGUCCAUUAGGACGUAAGACUGAGGCAAAGGAGGUCCUUUACCAUGUGUACUUUUGUGUAUAUAUUCACAAACAUAACCAGAAGAUAUGAAAUGCCUUUGCAGUUUGUAUAGGAUACACAGAUUCUACAGUAUGUACAGAUUAAAUAUAUAUCAUCAGUUGGAAGCACUCACUCACUUUACAUCCAUCAUCGCUUGUCCUUCUUUCAGCCUCGGUUUUGCUAAAUAUGACUCACUGUCACCGCCUGCUGGAGAAAAACACUGCUGGGCAAUUUUAAGAUCAAUAUUUUUCAAUAUAUUAAUAUAGAUCGUAAAGUUUAAUAUCUAUUCUACGAAAUCUAUUUUACAAUCAGUACUUUGGUCUUCCUAGUAUUAGAGUAUAAGUGUUUUUAUUUUUAGCAGCACUAAUUAUUGGUACACUACUCAACCAUUUGUACAUUUUUUUUGUACACAAAUAUAAAGUACAUUUAUGACAAAGAAUGAAUUAACCGAGAAUGCAUGUUAUUGUUGGAUUCUACUGUAUAUAUAAAGGAAUUUUGAAAGCCAA